UAUAAAUCGUGGAAGGAACGCACCCGAUUUCCCGCGCUAUUUGCACAGUGGAUCCAUGGUUUACAUUGAAUAUUCCAAGGUGUGUGGACUGGUUCUGAAGAUAGAUGACAAACAAACAUUGACCGGCAUUCGGGUUUAGGCUCCAUCACACCCCCACCCCUUUGCUAGACCCCGAUAGUGAUUUGGCGGGAAUUUUGAAUUGUUCACAAGAAUGGAGAACUUAGACAGCCAUAUUAAGGGGGCUCUCUCCAACUUUCGGAGGGGUUUCCGUGCCGAAUUGCUGACAGCCGAGGAAAGGGAGAUUUUCAGAGCAUUCUGCCACGAACUUGAUGGUGUUGCAGGGUGCGUGGCUCAAAAGUACAGCCCAGACGUGUAUGGCCGGGCGGAGGCGAGGAAGCACCAACUGGUGCAGAGUUAUCCUAUGGUCGUGGAUGAGAUCAGGCUCAUUCACAAGCAGAUCCUCCGCAUGAUGAGGUCCAAUGGUCAACGGAAGAGUCUGCGAAUUGCUCGAGAUGUACCAAGUUGCGUCUUCGACCAGAUCCGGGGCCUGAUGACGACAAACUCAUUCCGGACCACAGUUAGAGAGACAAGAACCACCUCGACACUUGCCAUCACCAGCGCAGAGAAGGUGGUGAUCCUUUUUAACUUCUGGGGCAGGGAAGAGGGUUUAGAAAGGAAUAGCCUGCUGAGGAAGACGGACCGACAGGGAAAUAAGAUGAGCAUCCUCGUGAAUGAGAGCUACCCCUUCACCCUGAAGUACCAUAGCAACACCAAGAGACUCUUCCUCACAUCUGGAUAUGAGGUGUUGAAUAAAUAUGGUAUUGCCCAGUAA